AUUUACCAACCGGAGACUAAAAGUCUCCCACAUUUGUCUGUUUGUUUACACAUUUAACUGGAAUGACAACGACUUGGCUAAAAAUACCCGUGAGUCUACCUUGUAUUAGCUCUCACUUAUCAUUAACGUUGCUAUAUAAUAAGCUCAUUACAUGUAAGAGCUUCACAUAUCACAAUAGAGUUGAGAGAGAAAGAGUGAAGAUUUAAAAAAGAGAGAGAAUGGGUAAGAACAACACUAGAUUCCUCAUGCAAUUUGCAGUUCUUGCAAUAGUUUUAUCCGCUGCAAUAAUGGUGAAAGAAGCUACAAGCAUUCCCGUUUGCAACAUCGAUACAAACGACUUGGAGAAAUGCCGUCCAGCCGUCACUGGAAACAACCCUCCACCUCCCGGACCGGACUGCUGCGCAGUGGCCAGAGCUGCUAAUCUACAAUGCCUCUGCCCGUACAAGCCUUAUCUCUCUACUGUUGGGAUAGACCCAUCUAGAGUCAGGCCUCUUCUUGCCAAUUGUGGCCUAAACAGUCCUUCCUGUUUCUAAGCUUGAAGAACUGAGCUGAAGACAAGCCGGUCUACCGCAGACUUUGUCUUGCCCUGAAGUCUCUACGCUAUAAUAUGUCUUGGGUUGUUCUAAUUCGAAUAAAUAUCAACUUUGCAAUGCUUUUUCAGUCACCUUAUCUAUUAUAUAGAUGAACCAUGUUCUACAUAUUAAUGAAAUGAAUAAAGUACUGGUUUUACGCCUAAA